AGAAAAUGGAACUGAAAGCAGAAAAACAUAUGGAAUACGUGCAUCUGUCACAUCCACCAUUGUAUGUACGGUAGAUGAAUUAAGAAAAGUGGCUGUUAAAAAUGCAGCAAAAUAAUUCCUAAGAAUCCAGUUCAUCUGGUUCGACAGCAAAAAAGUCAGAAAGCGUGAUCUGUUAGUUUUAUAUGUCAAAGAGACAUUUGUAGUUUCUAUGGUCAUAUAAACUGUGAUAGCAGCAAGUAAAUGCAGAGGAACUGCUGCUUAGCUCUUUCACUGAAUUUAUGGAUGACUUGAAGAAGAAAAAAAACACGUGUACUGACCAUUGCCCUGAUUAAGCUCAUAAUUUGUUGAAGUAAAAAGACAGAGCAAGAAAGCAUCUACUUAAACCAUUUUCACGAUGUUGAUAUUGUGGAUAGUACUUCACUGCAUGGCUUUGACACUUUUAAGUAACCAGUCCACAGCUGAUAUAAAUCCAGAUUCAAUUACAUACAUACUGCUCAAUGAAGAUUUUGCAAGUGAAAAUAUGACGCAUCAUUUACAAAGGUAUAAACGUGCAGCAGAUGCUGGUGCUAUUUACACAUAUGACAUCGAUAUUCAGAUUAAUAUACAACCAGAUAAAAUCAAGCAGCUGAUGGAAUUAUUUAAUAAUUUGUCCUAUCCAUUACCAGUAAAUAUUUCUUUAUCUGACAUAGGAAAUAUCUCGUCUGCAGUGAUUUCCACAGAAUGUAAUGAUACGGCAUGUAUUUGUGAGAAAGGCUACUUGUGGGAACCUGAAAUCUGCAGUACUCAAGCAUGCUACAAUACAACAGUACAAUCAGGCUGUGACUGUAUCACAAAUACUUCAACGAAUGGGGUCUGUGAACCUAUUGUACCAACAACUACAACAACAACAACAACUCCGGCAACUACUACUACACCAACAACAACUAGUACUACUUCUACUACAACUACUACCACUACACCAGCUACUACAACUACCACUACACCGACUACUACAACAACAACUACUACUACAACUACUACUACCACACCAACAACUACAACCUCCACUACUACAGCUACUACUACCACCACAACUUCAACAACUACUACUGCUAUGACCACCACCACGACUACAAUAUCACCCACUACAACCAUACCACCAACAGCUGUUGCUGUAUCAAUGUCCAUCAAGAGUUCCAAAGCUUUUGAUCCUAGACUUUUGGACAACUCUUCACAGAUAUACAAGCAAUAUGAGAAUGACUUUAAAAAUGCGCUUACUGAAACUUUCAAGAACAUUCCAGGAUUCUAUGCAGUUAACAUUCUUGGAUUUAAGGAUGGAAGUACUCUUGUUGAUUAUAAAGUAAUCACUGAGCUAGAUGCCGUAUCUAGAGUUUUAAAUUCUACGUCUGAGGUGGCAGCACGGCUUCCUGACUACCAACUCAUUCCCACUCCCAUAGCUGCAUACAUUCAAGCAAAUGUGUUCCUGAAAUCAACAAAUACAUCAGUGUCUGUGGGGGAUUCUUUUACUUUAAACUGCCAGACGAAAUAUAACGUUUCUGGUUAUAGAGUUAGGUGGUUCUUGAAUACCAUUGAAAUUAUCAACAAUCCUGAUUCAAGAAAUAGGACCAUAACAGCAAUACCUGCAUCAGCAGAAGUUCCGUUUUUGCUGAACCGGUGUCACCAGCUUGUUCUACUUCCAUAUUAUGUAGGCAAGACCAACCGCCUCCUAAGGGACAGGAUACGUGAACACACUUAA